CGAAAUAAAGUCCUGGCCCCCUUUUCUCUCUUAUUGAAUUAACUAAUUCAUUUUCUCUUUACUUUUGUAUUUUUGGAUAUUUUUUUGAUUUGAUUUGGCAUUAUUCAACAAGAAAAAAAGAAAAAUUUCGACGAAUUCUUUUUUUUAUUAUGUGAUAAUUAUGAGAACCAAUCCUACUACUUCUCGUCCCGGGGUUUCCACAAUUGAAGAAAAAAGUACAGGUCGUAUCGAUCAAAUUAUUGGACCCGUGCUAGAUGUCACUUUUCCCCCGGGCAAGUUACCUUAUAUUUAUAAUGCUUUGGUAGUCCAGAGUAUAGACACUGCCAAUAAGCAAAUUAAUGUGACUUGUGAGGUACAACAAUUAUUAGGGAAUAAUCGAGUUAGAGCUGUAGCUAUGAGUGCUACAGACGGGUUGAUGAGAGGAAUGGAAGUGAUUGACACGGGAGCUCCUCUCAGUGUUCCGGUCGGCGGAGCUACUCUCGGACGAAUUUUCAACGUUCUUGGGGAGCCUGUUGACAAUUUGGGUCCUGUAGAUAGUAGUGCGACGUUCCCUAUUCAUAGAUCUGCACCCGCCUUUAUCGAGUUAGAUACGAAAUUAUCCAUCUUUGAAACAGGUAUUAAGGUCGUCGAUCUUUUAGCUCCUUAUCGACGUGGAGGAAAAAUAGGACUAUUCGGGGGGGCCGGAGUAGGUAAAACAGUACUCAUCAUGGAAUUAAUCAAUAACAUUGCUAAAGCUCAUGGGGGCGUAUCCGUAUUUGGUGGAGUCGGGGAACGGACUCGUGAAGGAAAUGAUCUUUAUAUGGAAAUGAAGGAAUCCGGAGUAAUUAAUGAAAAAAAUAUUGAGGAAUCAAAGGUAGCUCUAGUCUAUGGCCAAAUGAAUGAACCACCGGGAGCUCGUAUGAGAGUUGGUUUAACUGCCCUAACUAUGGCAGAAUAUUUCCGAGAUGUUAAUAAGCAAGACGUGCUUUUAUUCAUCGAUAAUAUCUUUCGUUUUGUUCAAGCAGGAUCGGAGGUAUCCGCUUUAUUAGGGAGAAUGCCUUCUGCAGUGGGUUAUCAACCUACUCUUAGUACAGAAAUGGGUUCUUUGCAAGAAAGAAUUGCUUCUACUAAAAAGGGAUCUAUAACUUCGAUUCAAGCAGUUUAUGUACCUGCAGACGAUUUGACCGACCCUGCUCCUGCCACAACAUUUGCACAUUUGGAUGCUACUACCGUACUUUCCAGAGGAUUAGCCUCCAAGGGUAUUUAUCCAGCAGUAGAUCCUUUAGAUUCAACCUCAACUAUGUUACAGCCUAGGAUUGUUGGCAACGAACAUUAUGAAACUGCGCAAAGAGUUAAGGAAACUUUACAACGUUACAAAGAACUUCAGGACAUUAUCGCUAUUCUUGGGUUGGAUGAAUUAUCGGAGGAAGAUCGUUUAACUGUAGCAAGAGCAAGAAAAAUUGAGCGUUUCUUAUCACAACCAUUCUUUGUGGCAGAAGUUUUUACCGGUUCCGCAGGAAAGUAUGUUGGUCUUGCAGAAACUAUUAGGGGAUUUCAACUAAUACUUUCGGGAGAAUUAGAUGGCCUACCCGAACAGGCUUUUUAUUUGGUGGGUAACAUCGAUGAAGCUAGCACGAAAGCUAUAACCUUAGAAGAGGAGAACAAAUCGAAGAAAUGAAAUUAAAUCUUUAUGUACUGACUCCUAAGCGAAUUAUUUGGGAUUGUGAAGUAAAAGAAAUCAUUUUAUCCACUAAUAGUGGCCAAAUUGGCGUAUUACCAAACCACGCCCCCAUUAACACAGCAGUAGAUAUGGGUCCUUUGAGAAU